AUGAUACACACACACGCACGCGCGCACGAAUGCAGCCAUCAGACCAAGUUGGGGCUGUCGGGCAGUUUCGAGGAUCUGGAGGAAGACCAGAAGCUGGAGGUAUACGCCUCCAUCAUUGAGGCCUCAGGCCGUCUGACCGUGCUGACUCGAUCAGACGGCCCACCUCCUUCCAUAUCGUACCGUAAGAAGAAACCGGCCUACGGGUCGGCUGCCAUGCACCUGAUGGACAUCGGGCAGAUCAUCUGGGACGUCUACUCGUCAGACCACCCAAUCACCACCGCCACGCGGGAGGCCCUCGUGUUCGCAGCCGAGGCCGGUGGUGCCGCCCUCGGGAAGCUCGUUGGGGCCGCCAUUGCGACCCAGCUGACUGGGCAGGCGGCCACCACGCUAUUCGUGACAGCCAUGGGCCUUGUUGGAGGAUUUGUGGGGGGUUUUAUACUCGGUGCCCUCGCGGGUUUUCUUUUCGACCUCAUAUUUUCGUCCGGAGGGCAGAGGCCUCUCCCGACUGACGGGUUCAUCCUCUAUGUGGCCCCCAUGCCCAAUGGCAACGACAUAGCCAAGCAGAUUGCGUAUACUUGA